CGCUCGUCUAGGGAGAGAGGACGAGCUGAUUGAUCGGAGGGGGAAAAGAGGGAGAAAAUAAUAAGUCAAAUAAUAAUAAUAAUAAUAAUAAAAACAGCAAGCAAAGUCCAGGAGGUGCGACUGGAGGGGGGGAAAGUUGGUGUUGCUGGACUUGGGUACCUUCUGCUCCUCCCUGCGCCCUCUGGCCCGCACCAUGUCCGCAGCCGCCUACAUGGACUUCGUGGCUGCUCAGUGCCUGGUUUCUAUUUCCAACCGUGCUGCGGAGCCGGAGCACGGGGCCGCCGAGGCGGAGAGGCUGAAGAUGCCAGAGCGAGAAGGGACAAAGGAGCACGGUGACCCCGGGGAUACAUGGAAAGAUUACUGCACUUUGGUCACCAUCGCCAAAAGCUUGUUGGACCUUAACAAAUACCGACCUUUGGCGACCCCUUCCCUCUGCAGUGACAGUGUCGAAAGCCCCGAUGAGGACCUGGGAUCCGACAGCGACGUGACCACCGAAUCUGGGUCGAGCCCUUCCCACAGCCCCGAGGAAAGACAGGAUUCUGGUGGGGUGCCCGGGUCUCUCUCCCUCCUCCACCCUGGAGUGUCUGCAAAAGGGAAACUAGCCUCUGAAAAGAGACACAAGUGUCCAUACAGUGGAUGUGGCAAAGUCUAUGGAAAAUCCUCCCAUCUAAAAGCCCAUUACAGAGUGCAUACAGGUGAGCGACCCUUUCCUUGCACAUGGCCGGACUGCCUUAAAAAGUUCUCCCGCUCAGAUGAGCUGACCCGCCACUACAGAACCCACACUGGUGAAAAGCAGUUCCGGUGUCCGCUGUGUGAAAAGCGCUUCAUGAGGAGUGACCAUCUGACGAAGCAUGCCCGACGUCACACUGAGUUUCACCCUAGUAUGAUCAAGCGAUCUAAAAAAUCCCUUGCAAAUCCUUUGUGAGACCCUGGAUGUACCAGAGGAGGUCAGGACAGUGAAAAAGACCAAAAAAUAAAAAAGGAAGGAAGGAAGGAAGGAAGGAAGGAAGGAAGGAAGGAAGGAAGGAAGGAAGAAGAAAGAAAGAAAGAAAGAAAGAAAGAAAGAAAGAAAGAAAGAAAGAAAGAAAGAAAGAAAGAAAGAAAGAAAGAAAGAAAGAAAGAAAGAGAAAGAAAGAAGAAGAAAGGAAGGAAAGAAGGAAAAAGGGAAGAGAAAGAAAGAGAGGAAGGCAGGGAGGAAUGAAUGAAGUAGGAAGAAGAAAGAAACGAUGGAAGAAGAAAGGAAGGUUUUCAGAGACCCUCAGAAGCAAAUAGACAAAUGAAAGGAAAAAAAAAAAAAAGCCCCAGAGAUGGUCCACUUUUCAGCACAGGAAGGCAACUGCUAUCUAGUCAACAUUCAGAGGUUUCUCUCUUUGGCAUUUUUCUAAAGCACAUAUACCAGAGAUUGCAGAGUCAACAGUCUUUAACUAUCUCUGAUGAAAGAGGGAGAGCAGAUGCAUUGGAUGAGGAGGGGGAAGGGAGUGAGUGAAAGGGUGGGCUAAGGGGAAAGGGGUAAUAAUUUAAGGAAUCAAAACACUGGUGUACAUAUGUUUGACUGGGUGAGUUGACCUGUGGUUAUCACAUAGUGAUUCUACAGUCAUUGCUUGUUAUCUCUCUUGGAAUUUUGUUUUUGUUUUCCUUUUUGAUGUAUAUGCUGAGUGUGCUUGAAUUUCCUUAGCAAAACCACUCUGAAUCACAGUAAUUUAGGAAAUAAAAAUGGAUAGCACAGCCUUCUCUUAUGGAAGCAAGAUCACGUCUACUACAGCAUGAUCACUUCUCAAAAGACUUGAAAAACAGACACAACUCCUAGGCAGUGGGUAUGCAGACAUUCACCUUCCACUAAACUAAAGACAAACCUUUUCUCAUAGGUUAUGAAUUUACCACCUCCUUUACACCUCCUUUAUAUGAAUUCUUCUCUUUUGAACCCAAGCUGUAUUUUUAUUUGCUGAUACAAAAGUCAACUUAAGCACAUGCUUUAAAGUUGAAAUCAAAGAUCCCUCUGGCAUCAUGUUAUAAAUCUACUUACUUAGAUCUAAGUCAUUUGUUGCCAAUAUAGGUUAAGAAAUCAUGAUCAAGAUGGAAUCACUGGUGUGCAAUCAGCUCAAAUUUGAAUUUAACUCUAUUAACUUGGCCAGAGUUCCCUAUUCUUUCAAUUCACAUCAUCUUACUGUACCAUGAUGCCACAGAUGGGGGAUUUUCCUCUGUUGUAUUUUAUUUGAAUGCCUGACAGCAGCUCUGUCUUGAAACCUGCUGGUGGGUUAAAGAUCUCUUCCUUCCAUGUUUAUGUAGAACCUCCACUCACAGGAACAAAAGUUAUAGCAAAAGAGAAAAUUAAGCUGAGAUUUAUGAAGAUAAUUAUAUUUAGCAGGUGAUGUCAAUGAAAAUUGAUAAGGUAAUUUCAGAAGGUACCCUACAUAGCAGCAGCUUUUAGAGGGGAUAGGUAAUUGGAUUACUAUACCAUCCUGAAAACAUAUUGCCAUAUUUUUUAUGGCAUGAAUUUCCCCACUACAUACUUUAUAUUGACCUUAGGUAUCUAUGAAGGCUGAAAAACUACUUUGUCAACAAUAGAGCACAGACCUUAAGACUGUAUUUUGGGCCUUUAAAGUUUAGUGGCCAGAAAAAAAUAAUGAACUGCAUUUUCAGAUCAAAAGAGACACUUCAAAAGAGGAAAAAUAGAAGUGAUGGUGGGGAAAUGUUUACAUUUUUUUUCCAGAAAUUAAACUUUCUGAGCAUUUUGUUAUCAGAUCUUUAAAACAGGGAGCUAAGGUACACACUCUAACUUAUAUAUGUUUAUAGAGCUUGUCGUGUAAGAUUAGGGUGCAUGCCUGUAAUGAACACAUUAUUUUACCUGACAGAAGCCUGCUUCUAAUGCAGAAGCAACAGCAACAUAAGGCUCUCAGAGAAGGGGAGCAUCAAAGUCGCUUGCUUGGGUAUAGUUACCAGUGUUGUCUCUGUAGUUCUGUAAGGAUAACUGUUUUUUAAUAUUUGGGACUUGGAAUAAUCCAAGGAAUUUAAAAAAGGAAGAAAAAAAUGGAAUUUUCCCUAGGGAAAGCGUGUCAGGAAAAUAAUGAACACUUUCUACCUCUGUUUCAGCUUUUUGAAACACUUAUUUUAAAACCAAACUUUCAUUUCUGUGUCCCAACUGAGUUUUAGGGACAUUUGUUCUUCCAUAUGAAAUAGGCAUGUCACCUAUUUCCUGUUUGAACUCCUAGAAUGAUUGUGCUCACUGAUGUUCUGCAUGUGGCCUUUGGUGACUCAAGAGUUGGUGGUUGCCUAACAACUCACUAACUUCCAAAACCUCAUCAUCCUCCCUUCAGAAAGAAAUUAAAGGAAAAAAAAAAAAAAACUACAAGCCAAGUGAAAUUGAGACAAUCUUUCUAAAAGUCUACUUGAGGCCAGAAGCCUCUAAAUAAGCACUAAAUAAGAUGCACAAUUUAUUUCCCUUCCCUAUACACCCUCCCAAAGUUGCUACUUACCUUUUCAAGUUAUAAAACACACAUGUGAUAUUCUCUUACCUGUUAUCAUGAUAAACUGGGUAAAUUCAAGGCUACUUUUUAUUCUUUGUGAUAACUCCUGUUUUAAAAUUCACAAACAGGAACCAGCAUCCUGAUUAGAAUAACUAUAUCUUGAUAUAGUUUAAAUAGGAUUACUAGAGUUCAUUGAACACUAAAACUAUGAAGUAAUUACUUUUUAUAUUAAAAAGACCAUGGAUUUAACUUAUUAAAAAUCCAAAUGCAAGCUAGUAAUUUUUGUUUACUUUUUUAACCAAACUGAAUUUUUGAAAGACUGUUGCAGGUGUUAAAAAGGAAGAAAAAAAAAGUGUUUUAUCUAAUAAUAAUGAAUGUAGUUGUCAAUCUGGGAAAACAGUAGUUUUAGAGUUAACUCCUCUUUUGCUUAGGGAAGAAAAAUCCUUCCUCAUGGUGGAAAGAUGCUGUGGCUUAAAGGUAGAGCUUACAAUCAUGCUUCUUUUGAGAACUAUACUUGAUAGCUUAUAAUUACAGAAAACCAAUUAGUUGUCGGUUUGCAGAUAGAUUUAGGACAGUACUCAUCAUUCUGGAUAGACUUUCUUUUACUACAGAUGUAUGAUCUAUAACACUGUAAAAUACCAAUCUUGACAACUGUUUAAUCAAUUUUAUUUUUGUACAGUAUUAGUGACCUAAGUUAUUUUGCUGUCCCAUUUUUUUUUUUUUUGUAAAUCAAAAUGAAAGUAGUAAAAAAAAAAAAAAAAAAAAAGCAAGUAUCCUAACAGUAAGGAUUUUGUAUAUAUGUAUAUAAUUUGUCAAAUAAACAUAAUAAACUGGUAUGAAUGGAUUGACUGAUCUGAGCCAUGGUGUAAUGGAAAGCCCAGGUCUCAGCUACUGUAAUGAAAAGGCACUAAUUACAGUAGCUUUGAAGGUGGCUUUGACUUUUGUAUAUUCCAUACUUUAACAAAUGCAUUCAUAUGAAAAUAUGAAAUUUUAUUUUUAUCCAAGGAGGUAGAUGGAAUGGAGGCUAUCAAAAAUAUGUUAGGAGGUGGAAGGAAACAUAUAGUCUAUCAACAUUACUCCUCCUUGAGAAUGUAAAAUCAUCAGCAGCAGCAAAUGCUUAUCAAACUCAUAAUUCUGUGGUUGUAUGCAUGGCAUUCUACAGAAGAUCUCUAUCCUGUUCUUGUAGAUCACAAUCUCACCUUAUUUUUAAACGAUACUUUAUGGUUUACAAAGCUCAGUCAUGUACAUUACUUAGAUCUUAGAAACCUUGGAGAUCAUCUAAUCUUAUUAUAGACCACAUUGGGAAUCUGGUGAAGGUAAUGGAAUCCAUCUCAGAAUAAGUGCUAAAAUGAAAUAUGUAGGCUUACAAAUGAAACCAAAUAUUUGAAAACAUAGUUAAAUAUUUUUUAAAAGUUAAUGGAUGCUUUAGGAGUUCUUUAGUGUCCUUAUCCGGAUCCAGUCCCUCCGCAUCAUACAUGAAUUUAGAAAUUUAGGCCCUGUGCCUAAAGGCACACGGAAUAAUUAUUAGAGUUUAGGAUUUGAAUCCAGGUCCAGGGACUCCAAACUAGAAUUGGAAUUAGAAAGUGCCUUGUCCAGACUGGACUGAAGAGGAUAAAGCUUGUCAGUCUAUGAUCAGUCUGGGGAGGCUUUGUAGGAAGCAGAUUUCAGAAAACAAGAACUGACACUUAUAUAAUGCUCUAAGAUUUGCAAGUACUUUUACAUUAACUCUCACUGGAGGAGCAAAUGUAACAACCCUGUGAGGUAUAGUUUAUUGUAGAUACUGUUAGCCCCAUUAUUCAAAAAGAAAGGUUCAUGCCAGGAUUACACAGCUAGAGUCACAAGCAGAAUUUGAACUCAGGGCUCUUUCCACACCACAUACACUUCUAGAAUCUUAAAGAAUUUGGGGUAUACAAUAUUGUUUUGGAGAAAGCUAUGAAAUUAGAGCACAAUGAGCAAUUGGAGAAAAUUUAAUAAAAUUUAAAUUUAACAUCAUGUGAUGUUAGACAUUGUUAAGAGUAUAAAGUGAAUGUAAAAUUAUACCACACUCAAGCUUAGAAUGUAAUAAAACUAAACUAGGUGAAAUAAAAGUGAUAAUGGUAGAAUCUAACAAACAUUUCAGGAGGAAAGAAUUAGGAGCAAAACAAAAGCGUGUUCAAGAAAGGCCGAAAAGUUCUCUUUAGAUGGAGUUCUGAGAAAUGGAAGAGUCUAUAAGGAUCAUCUGAUUCAACAUUCCCCUGUUGUAGAUAAAGGAAUUGGCAUCAAAGAGUUUAGUUAUUUGCCCAAGGGGACAGAAUGAAAGAGGCAGAAUUCUAAACUUGGGUUUCUGACUCCCAACUCUGACGUCUGACACCAGGUUGCUUGCUAUCUUGCUCAUUUUUUUUUUUUAACCAAAAUUACUAGGAGUUAGGUUAAUGGGAUAAAACACUGGAUUUAUCAUUUCGAAAGAGAAAUUUUAGAGUUAAAAAAUAUGUAUGUAUAUAUAAAGGUAUCCCAGGCAACUUGCUAAGACUGUUAAGUUUCCUAGAAUUGUUGAUUUUGACUGAGAGCUGAGGUUCCUCACCAAAUGCUCCCUCUCCGCAUGAAAUCUUAGGGCUGGUCCCCUUCCCACUCCCCCUCAAAAAGAUGACCUUAGAGAUCAAGUGAUCCAAUCCUCAUAUUUGACAGAUAAGGCAAAAAGAGAUUUUAAAUAUUUAGUGACUUGGCCCAGUUUAAUAAUAGAUCUGGACUUAGAACCCAGGUUGUUGGAAAUAAGGAAACAAAAUAAGCUUUAUUAUAUGCAAGGUACUGUGCCACUGUACUUGUACAAUAUUUUCUUGUUUGAUUAUCACAACUACCCUGCGAUGUAGGUGCUAUUUUUGUCUCCGUUUUACAUUUGAAGACACAGAGGCAGUCAGAGGUUAAAAGAAACUUUCCCAGGGUCAAAAGGUCUGGGUCUGGAUUUGAAUUCAGGUGUUCCUGACUCUAGUCCUAGAACUCUAAUUCACUGUGCCACAUAUAUGCUUCUAGUCACUACUGGGCUUAAAAUCAGGAGAACUUGUAAAUAAUAGCUAACAUUUAUAAAGUUCUUACUAUGCUAAGUGUUUUACAAAUAUUAUAUUUGGUCUUCACAUCAGUCAUAGGUGCUUAUUAUCUUCAUCUCCAUUUUAUAGAUGAAGAAACUGAAGCAAACCAAGAUUGAGGGACUUGUCCAGAGUUACACAGCUAGUAAGUGUCUGAAAUUGGAUUUGAAUUUGUCUUCCUGACUCCAGAUCUGACAUAUAUCCUCCAAUAUUAGCUAUGUGAUCAAGGGCAAAUCUCAGUUUCUUCAUUUGAAAAAGAAGGAUAGUAAAAAUAACUCUAAAUAUCUUCUCACAGGGUGAGGUUCAAAUGAAUAAAGUAUGCCAUGAAUGUGAGUUGUCAUUAUAAAUUCUCAUUUGCAUUAGUUUUGUUUGUACAAAGGCUUUUUAAUUUGAUAUAAUCAAAAUUUUCUAUUUUGUGAUCGGUAAUAGUCUCUAGUUCAUCUUUGGUCACAAAUUUCUUUCUCCUCCACAAGUCUGAGAGAUAAACUAUCCUAUGUUCCUCUAAUUUAUUUAUAAUCACAUUCUUUAUGCCUAGGUCAUGGACCCAUUUUGAUCUUAUCUUGGUAUAUGGUGUUAAGUAUGGGUCCAUGCCUAAUUUCUGCCAUACUAAUUUCCAGUUAUCCCAGAAGUUUUUAUCAAAUAAUGAAUUCUUAUCCCAAAAGUUAGGAUCUUUGGGUUUGUCAAACACUAGAUAGCUAUAGUUGACUAUUCUGUCUUGUGAACCAUUAUAAAUUCUCUUAUUCUUACAGUGGGGAUUAAGUAGUCCAGUUAGAUUUCAGAUUUAAUUGUAUACUGGAUAGAAAUCUGAAUUCAAAGUUAUAUUAUCUGGGUUAGAUUAUCCUGGCUUUGACUUUGAACAAAUUAUUUCCUUUCUACUGUUUUCUAAUGUAUUAAAAAACAAGGUUGAACCAGAUAAUCUUUAAAAUAUUUUUUAGGUGAUCUUGUAACUCCCACGAAGAUACUAAUUUCCUUAGUAUAUUUUUCUCACCUGGAAUUUCAGUUAGAAACUGAUUACUAGACCCACAUCUUUGGUCAUCUAAUUUCUACUAACUUGCGACAUAGAACCUACACUAGAGCUCUCUGAAAUGUUACAAAAUAUCCUUUUUCUAAUGAAGUGAUUGUGAAUUUUGGGACUAUGUCUAAAAAAGACGCUAGUGUAUUUCCUGUAAAAAUGUAAACAUGAGUCCUAAAUAUUGUAAACAUUGUAAUAGAAAUUAAUUGGGAACCCCUGGUCUAAGUAGGAAUUUCCUUAACAUGCACAUAAAUGGUUUAUAAAAGGACAUAUAUGAUGAGUAGGCAGAAUGGAAGAUGACACUUAAUCUGGGUCAGGUGGGGGUACAUGGCACAAGUAGUUAGGUAGUGAAAAGCUACAGAGUACUUAACAAGAGACUGAGAAGGCUAGGAGAAUUGAAGCAACUAAAUACAGCUUUAGAAAGCCUAAGGGGGUAGAGGGUGGGGGUUGAAAUAGAAGAAGAGAUUAGAAAGAUAAAGGAAGAUAGAGAGAUGGGGAAAAAGGAGAAACAGAAAGAAGGAGAAAAGAAGGGAGAUAAUGGGAGGGAGAAAGAAGGAGAGGAAAAUACAAAGGAAGAGAAAGAAGAGGGAGAAAGAAAAAAGGAAGAGCUCCUGAGGGAGAUAGGAAAGAAAAGGAAAAGGGAGACAGAGGAGAAAGAGAAAAAAGAAAGAAAAAAGAGAAGGAGACAGGAAGGAAAAGAAAAAAGGGAAAAGGUAAGAAGGAGAAAAAGAGUGGGUCCUUAGGCAGCUAGGUAUAAUGAAAAAAACACUGGAUUUGGAGUCAAAGAAACCAAAUUCAAACUAAAUUUUGCGACCUGUGCAGGGGGUAAGUCACAAUAUCCCUGAACCUCAGUUUUUGGGGGAGAGUUCUUUGAUAAAGAGAGCCUUGAAUUAAACUAUAUCAUUCUUCUUGCUCUAAUUUUGAUCUUUUGAUUUUCCCCCUCUACCACCUUCCCCACCAAGGGGCCAAAGAUUAACUCAAUCCUGGACUGGUUGGUGACUCCAAUUUAAUACGCUGAUAACUGGGCCAAUUGGAGUUAAUCAAUUUAUUAGGACUUGUGCUUUGUGAGGAGGAUACAAAGAAAAUUAAGAAGUCACUCUAAUGGAGGCACAACAAACAAAGGCUGGAAGCUGUACAUAAAUGGAACAUUUUUAUGGAAACUAUGAUGUAACUGCUUACAACUCCAAAUGGGAGUCAAGUCUGUCAAUCACAGGAUCUAGUAAAUCCAGGAUCUGUUUCCUGGUAUCUCUUUUAUGAUUUGAGACCUAUAGAUUCAAUAUCCCAAAGCAUGUGCCAAACUCUCUGUAAGAUUUUGUUGGAUUUUUUUAAUUGUCAGAAUCCAAUUUAGGUAACAUAAAGAGGACCAUUCACAUCAUAGGGAAAGCACUAGCAUGGGGCAGACAGGUUUCUGUUGUACUAGAAGUUGAAGGACCCAGCUUUAAGUCUUAGCUCUGCCUUUGACUAAGUCACUGAUCCCAUUUUCCAUAUCUCUCAAAUGAGGGAGUUGGAUAAUCAGAAAUUUAAAGAAAUCUUUUAAAACACUAUUUUAAAAUAGCUGAAGAAAGAAGUCCUUUCUCUCCACCUCACCUCCACUUUCCUGAUUCUUAAUUAAACUAGCAUAUCUUUCACUAGAUGCCCCAUUCCCAGGAUGCUGGGUUAAGUAUGAUCUUAAAGAAGCCUCUGAGGUAAAUAUCAUGAAGUGUCAGACAUAUAGUAAGUGCUUCAUAAAUUCAUUCAUUUAGCUCCUCUGGGGUGAUCUGUGGCUUAAAUUGCUUAAUUAAUUGUUUAAACAACUUGUGUUCUUCCUGUUCUAUAACAUGCUAUCUCUCCUUGAUUGCAUCUUGGCAUGAGAAUAUUUCCUUUUUGAGCUACUGCUUUUCUAGAUAUGUCUUGUUUAAUCCUAGUUUCCUAAAGAAGCUUUUUCUGUUUGAUUUCCAACUUAUCCUGUAUAUAUCUUCUUUGUACAUGUAUCUUAUUUGCAUGUUGUUUCCCCUCUUUAUAUUGUAAGCUCCUUGAGAGUAGGGACUAUUUUUGCCUCUCUUUGUAUCCUCAGCACUUAGCACAGUACCUGGCAAAUUGCAGGCACUUAAUAAAGGGUUGUAUACGUGAA